GUAGUCAGCUGUUGAUCUAAGCUCCUCUCGUCUCGAUGUCUCGCUUCUUGGUGCCCAUCCGCUCAUCUUCCUCUGCCAUCAUGUCCUCAGUCCUCCAGAAGCUGAUCAGCCCUCUGGCCAGCACCCCUGCUGAGCCCCCGAGGAACAAGGUGACCGUGGUGGGGGUGGGCCAGGUGGGCAUGGCCUGCGCCAUCAGCAUCCUGCUGCGGGACCUGUGUGAUGAGCUGGCUCUGGUGGAUGUGAUGAAGGAUCGUCUGAAGGGGGAGAUGAUGGACCUGCAGCACGGCAGCCUCUUCCUCAAGACCUCCAAGAUAGUGGCUGACACAGACUACGCGGUGACGGCUAACUCUCGCCUGGUGGUGGUGACGGCCGGCGUUCGGCAGCAGGAAGGCGAGAGCCGCCUGAACCUGGUCCAGAGGAACGUCAACGUGUUCAAGUCCAUCAUCCCCCAGAUCGUCAAGUACAGCCCCAACUGCACCCUGGUGGUGGUCUCCAACCCUGUGGACGUGCUGACCUACGUGACCUGGAAGCUGAGCGGUCUGCCUAAGCACCGCGUCAUCGGCAGCGGCACCAACCUGGACUCGGCCCGCUUCCGCUUCCUGAUGGCCGAGCGCCUGGGCAUCCACGCCAGCUCCUUCAACGGCUGGGUGCUGGGCGAGCACGGAGACACCAGCGUGCCUGUAUGGAGCGGUGCUAACGUGGCAGGAGUCAACCUGCAGAAGCUGAACCCUGAGAUUGGCACUGAUGAUGACAGUGAGCAGUGGAAGGCCACGCACAAGGCUGUAGUUGACAGUGCCUACGAGGUGAUCAAGCUGAAGGGCUACACUAACUGGGCCAUCGGUCUCAGUGUGGCCGACCUGACUGAGAGCAUCAUCAAGAACAUGAGCCGCGUCCAUCCCGUCUCCACCAUGGUCAAGGACAUGUAUGGUAUCGGGGAGGAGGUCUUCCUGUCUCUGCCCUGCGUGCUGAACAGCAGCGGUGUGGGCAGCGUGAUCAACAUGACUCUGACGGACGCCGAGGUGGGCCAGCUGAGGAACAGCGCCGACACACUGUGGGGCAUCCAGAAGGACCUGAAGGACGUCUGAACACACACACACUCAAAACCCUUGAUGCAGAAGCCUGCUGAUACGCACAUAUAACCCCAUUAGACUGUAUCUCUUAUUUUGAAGGAGAAUACAAGUGUUUUUCAUCAUACAGCGUGAUUUAACUGUUUUCAUCAGUGCUGCAAAAUGUCAUCGACUUCCUGUCAAUCCAUUUUAAGUAAAAGAAAACACUGGUAUGCUCCUUUAAAUGAACAGAUUUCCUCCCCAGUAGUUAAGCUGAAGUUGUUUCUGUGUUAAGAGAUGUAAAACGACCUGUGUUACUGUACUCUGUUAACAGUUUGGAGUAGGAUAAAGCACAACCCUAAGAAGUCUCUCCUUGUACCCUCACGUACAGUCGUUCCUUUAGCCCCCGGCAGGAAAUCACUAAGAGAAAGACCAUAAACCUCUAAUGAAAGACCGCAAAUAUCCAAAAGGACGCCUAUUUCCUUGCACCUUUGUCUUAAAAUGGUACCCUACCGAAAUGAAAUUGUGACAUUGUAAAUGUGAAAGUGGGUUUUCGUCCCCCCUGUUUCCUCAGUGUUAGCAAAGAGAGAUGGAGCAGUGUGGGAGGAGUGGGGAUGUCCAGCACAAGUUUUUUUGUUUUACUGUCUGACCCUGUGUUUAACGUAAUACAUUUGAACCUAAA